UCUCUUGUUCUCUUCUCCCACCUUCACUCUCCAAACCCCAAAAUCUUGCACCAAUCAUAAACUCUAAAUUGGGUAACCCAAGUUAGAGAAAACACACGUGAUGAAAGAAGGGCUUGAAGAUCAAUAGCCAAACGCUUGAAGCAACAUCGCCAUGUUCUCAAAACUUCAUCCACAACAUCAUCAACAACAACACCCUUUUCAAUUCUCCAGAGAAUGUGAAGAUGAUGACAGCCGGAGUAGUGGUCCUACUUUUGUUGCCGCGCAAAAACAAGUUUCCCCCAGCAGCGGCGAUGGGGCCACAAUUGAAGUAGUGCGUCGCCCCAGAGGCCGCCCUCCCGGCUCCAAGAACAAGCCCAAACCGCCUCUUAUAAUAACACGCGAGCCCGAGCCCGCGAUGAGCCCAUUCAUCUUUGAAGUCCCGGCUGGAAGCGACGUCGUAGAGGCCCUAGCCCGGUUCAGUCACAGAAAGAACACGGGCCUGUGCGUUCUAACCGGUUCAGGAACCGUCGCUAACGUCACUCUCCGUCAACCUUCCGCCACACCCGGCGCCACCGUGACGUUCCACGGUCGCUUCGACAUCCUCUCAUUAUCCGCGACGUUCCUCCUCCACGCCUCGCCGGCGAACCCCCAUGGCUUCUCCAUCUCCCUCGCCGGACCUCAGGGGCAGAUCGUCGGCGGACUAGUCGUCGGCCGGUUACUUGCCGCCGGGACGGUGCUCGUGAUUGCCGCGUCGUUCAACAAUCCGUCGUAUCACAGGCUGUCGUCGGAGGAGGACGCGCGGAACAAUUCGGUUUCCGCCGGCGGCGAUGCGCAGUCGCCGGCGGUGUCCAGUGGCGGUGCAGAGAGUGGGCACGUUCCGGCUGAGUCGUGUAUUUAUAGCAGUCAUCUUCCCUCGGAUGUGAUUUGGGCUCCAACGGCUAGGCCCCCUUUCUGA